ACAGACGCGCUGCUCAACCAAUGGUCUUCAAAUCUUUUCAGAGAUAAAAAAGCCGCCGCAUCCGUGGAUCUGACAGAUUGCCUGAUCUUCACUAAUGACUGAGGACAUAGCAGGAAGGAACCAGAGGAGACACAAUGCCUAGAUCUUUUUUGGUGAAGAGCAAAAAAGCCCACAGCUACCACCAGCCACGAUCUUUGGAGGAUGACUACAGCAGACUUGAUACUAUUUUAGCUCAUAUAUGUGCAGAAAGCAAAACUUCAGACGAGUCAGAGUGCUGUACGGAUGCCCUGACAGGCGACACGGCUGGCGCUUGUUCACCGGACUCUCACCUGGUGGAUCAAGCGGAUCUUUCUUCCAAGUCUCCUCUCAGCUGUGGCGGAAGCGUGUGCGACCGCUCCUCAGAUUACGAAGACUUCUGGCGACCUCCAUCACCAUCAGCAUCACCUGAGUCAGAAAAGUCCUUUUCACCCUCCGCUGAGGAAACACGGCCCUUCGCCGUCCCCUUCAGGCCUUACGCGUGGAGCAGGUACUCGGGAUGUGAAAUCAGACAGCUGGUACAGCAUACUCUCAACCAUCACCACUCUCUGGAUCUCGAGCGGCCUACUCCUCCAGCCUAUUACAAUGACCGCGUGGUCGAGUCCUCAAUGUUCACUGAAAGAGGAUCUGGCGCUAGCAUUUACAACAGUUAUAGUUCCACUGCCACCCUAUUCGAGCGCGCCACUGCCUCUGGACUUUAUGAUGAUAGCAACACACUGGGAAAAGGAACUGAGAUGAAAUCCAGCUCUGAUGUGAUGUGUAGUCGUCUCCUGCUGAAUGGCGCAUACAAAUGUAUCAAAUGCAGCAAGGUGUUUUCUACUCCACAUGGCUUGGAAGUUCACGUCCGGAGGUCGCAUAGUGGAACAAGACCUUUUGCUUGCGACAUCUGCGGGAAAACGUUUGGACACGCAGUCAGUCUGGAACAACACAGAGCUGUUCACUCACAGCAGAGAAGCUUUGAUUGUAAAAUCUGUGGGAAAAGUUUUAAAAGAUCAUCCACUUUGUCCACUCACCUCCUCAUACACUCCGAUACACGGCCCUAUCCGUGCCAGUACUGCGGAAAGAGAUUUCACCAGAAAUCAGAUAUGAAGAAACACACAUUCAUCCACACAGGGGAGAAGCCACACAAAUGUCAGGUGUGUGGGAAAGCUUUCAGUCAGAGCUCCAAUCUGAUAACACACAGUCGAAAACACACCGGAUUCAAGCCGUUUGGAUGUGACCGCUGCGGCAAAGGAUUCCAGCGCAAGGUCGAUUUAAGAAGACACAAGGAAACACAACACGGACUGAAGUGAGGAAACACUUCAGGACUUUACCCAACACUAUUGGAC